AUGUCACCCGUCUCUGUCUUCCGUGUCGCGACCCGCGCCGUCCGCCCUGCCAGCCUCUUCAGAGCUCCCCAAUUGCCCCGGUCCCGCCUGCAGACCCCGGUUGCUCUCGCUAUCAACCGUCCUGCCUUCAGCACCUCCUCCAAGCGUCUGGGUGGUCACCACGAGGAUGAGACAUAUGAGGAGUUCUCUGCCAGGUAUGCCAGCCCAAUCAGCGAGCCAUUGAGCCCACGACGAGCCGUGAGCGAGCCUCAAACACCGACAGCAGGGGCUCGAUCCGGUUGGCCAUUCGAGAAGGAAUUCGACGGUGUCCAGGAUGUCUUCGAGCUCCAGCGCAACCUGAACAACUGCUUCGCCUACGAUCUCGUCCCUUCCGUUGAGGUCCUCUCCGCCGCUCUCAGGGCCGCCCGCCGCGUCAACGACUUCCCCACCGCUGUCCGUGUCUUCGAGGGUAUCAAGGCCAAGGUCGAGACCCAGGACCAGUACAAGCAAUACCUUGAGGCCCUCGAGGGUCUCCGCCAGGAGCUUGGCGUUGCUCUCCGUGAAGAGCUCUACCCCGGCGAGCAGUAA